CACUGCUAGCACAGGAAAUGGCUCCAUUUCUGAAGACAGACAAUUUCAGACAAGUACCAGCACAAAAGAAGAAGAGACGAGGCUGAAGUAUGUUUCUAACGCCUGAACAUCAAACACAUCGCUUUACUCUCAUAUUUCUCUUCACGCUUGACACAUUGUUGAGGUGUGUACGAGGGGAUGGUGGCUCUUCUGGAGAUGAACCAGCCUCAGAAGUGAAAUAUGCCGUAAUAGGAACAGGGAUUGGCUUAUUUCUCGCCGCAUGCUUCAUCGCGAUAAAACUCUGCAUGAUUAGACGACACAUGCUUGACAACGAACCAUCAGAUGAUUCAAUGAGAAGACCAUCUACCAUGCAAUGCACUGAGCUGGAAGGCAGGAGAUGAAGCAAAUCUACUGCAGCCAAUCAGUCUCAGAAAGGACGACCAGCAGCUCAGGGCACAUUAUGUGACUCUCGUUCUGAGGUUUUAGUAAAGCCAUGAGGAACGAAGCUUUCUACUAUUCUACGUCCUGUCAAAGGGACUUAUUUACUUGAUCUUAUUGGUGCGAUUAGCCACUGAAUGUAUUGAUCGUUUAAUAAAGAGUGUUGGGUCAUUUUGAUUGAGAGGUUCCCAUUUUGUGUUUCUGCUGGAUUUGACUUGAGCGGGAAUCUCUCAAAGUUUGUAAAUAAAGGUGAUGUCAUGAAAAAGCUCACAGAUCAGAGGUGAAGCUUUCUGUUAUUGUCCUGAGUUGAACCAAAUUUGAAAUUUUCUGGUGUUAUUUGUGAUAAAAAUGCCUGAAUAUUAUGCAUCCAAUUGUUUGAUGUUAUGGUAUGGGCUCUAAAGGGAUGUGAUCCAGGCCGUAUUGUGUAAAAUUUCAACCUUUUACAACUGUACACAACUAUGUCCACAACACCCAGUUAUUAUGCCUGUAACCUGUGAACUAUGUAAGUAAUAUCAUUGGUCUGUAGCUUUGACUGUCACUCCAUUUUUGCCUGUAUAUCCAAAAUAAAAGGGGGCGCUGUUCCCACAUACUUUGG